GAAGAAUUGCCGUAAAGUGUUACGUCCUAGACCAAUGCAUGAUCAAGUCAUUUUCAUAAACUCUUCUCUUUACAGCUCAUCAUUGAUUAUUUAAUAAAAGACAGGUAGCCGAAGCUGGAAGAAUGGCGCUGCCCUCGCUGCUGGUCCUGUAUGGCAGCCAGACAGGGACCGCCCAGGACACGGCCCAGCGGAUUGGACGACAGGCCCAGAGGAAGCACAUCCAGAACCGGGUGGCACCGCUGGACGGCUACAAUGUGGCCCACCUGAUCUCUGAAUCUCUGGUCAUAUUUGUGUGUUCCACCACUGGCCAAGGAGACCCCCCUGAUAACAUGAAGAAUUUCUGGCGUUUCCUGUUCAGGAAGUCUUUGCCUGCUGGCUCUCUGUGCCAGCUGGACUGUGCAGUACUCGGGCUAGGGGACUCUUCUUAUCCCAAGUUCAAUUUUGUGGCCAAAAAGCUUCAUAAGCGCCUUCAGCAGUUGGGAGCCAGCCUGCUGUCGUCGGUGGGGUUGGCUGAUGAUCAACACGACCUAGGAGCGGACGCAGUGAUCGACCCGUGGCUGGCCUCGUUCUGGGACCGAGCGUCAGCUCUGUACCCCUCCAUGAACACCGUGACCCCCCUGCCAGAGGACCAACCGCUGCCUCCCAGAUAUACAUUCCACUUCCUGGAGGGUGUCGGUGAGACGUCGGGUGACACGGAGAGGAAUUCCAAAGAACAGCGCGUCCCGUCUGAAUCCCAUCCUUUCCCGGCGCGCAUGACGUCCAACCAGAGAGUCUCUCACCCCUCCCAUUUCCAGGAGGUCCGCCUCAUCGAGUUUGACAUUUCAGACUCCAACAUUGAGUUCACCGCUGGGGACGUGGUGAGCAUGCGACCCUGUAACAACCCAGAGGACGUGGAGCAGUUCUGUCAGCAGCUUCGACUCGACCCAGACUCUCAGUUUAUCCUCAAGGCUAACGACAGCACUGCGGCGCCGGCGGGGCUGCCCGAGCCGUGCUCGCUGCGCCACCUGGUGGAGGGCUACCUGGGCGUGGCGGCCGUGCCCCGCCGCUCCUUCUUCGAGACGCUGCAGUGCUUCUCCACCAAUGAGCUGGAGAAGGAGAAGCUGGCCGAGUUCAGCUCGGCGGAGGGCCAGGACGAGCUGCACGCCUACUGCAGCCGGCCCAGACGCACCGCUCUGGAGGUCCUAUGUGACUUCCCCCACACUACCGCAGAGCUGAAGGUGGACUACCUGCUGGACCUGUUCCCCCCGAUCCAACCCCGUUCCUUCUCCAUCGCCUCCUCCCCCCUGGCCCAUCCCGGGAAGCUUCAGAUCCUGGUGGCUGUGGUUGGAUACAAAACGCAGAUUCAGAAACCACGCAGGGGCCUCUGCUCCACCUGGCUCAGCUCUCUAGACCCGUCACAAGGCGAGGUACGAGUGCCCCUGUGGGUCAAGAAAGGCACCUUAAGGUUUCCUGCGGACCAGGACAUACCUGUGAUCAUGGUGGGUCCGGGAACGGGAGUAGCACCCUUCAGGUCGGCCCUGCAGGAGAGAAUAGCACAGGGCAAAGCAGCGAACGUGCUGUUCUUCGGCUGUCGCUCCCAGUUCAAGGACUUCUACUUCAGCGCUGAAUGGAGGGACAGAGUGGAGGAGGGACAACUGAAGCUGUUCACCGCCUUCUCCCGGGACCAGGAGGACAAGAUAUAUGUGCAGCAUCGUGUGAAGGAGCAGUCUAAACUUCUCUGGGACCUGAUUGCUAAUAGGAACGCCUACUUUUAUAUUGCAGGCGCUGCCAAAGACAUGCCCGCCAGUGUGUGCGAUGCACUGAAGGCCACCUUUCAGCUCGAAGGGGGGCUGUCAUUGGAGGAGUCGGAUCAGAUGUUGGUUGCCAUGGAGAAGGCCGGGCGGUUCCAGAGCGAGACGUGGUCCUAACAGCUCUGCCUCGGUAUACAGCGGCAUCAACCACCGCCGCCAGUACAUCCUGCUGCUACACACACACUUUGAAACACCAGGCUUGUGGUGUCAUAUCGCUGGAAGAGUUGCACCCAACAGCCUUUUAGCCACUUUCCCUUGCUGCUCGUGACGUUGUGGGGAUGGAUGUUGUCCAUUUAGAUUCCCCUUCAUGAGAACAGAUUCUGAAAUUGCCUUUUAGAUCUCUCGCACACACACACGCGCCCACAGUCCAAUCUACUAAAAUGCUAAUUUAUUUUAAGUUGCAAACUAACAACAUUCUUAUGCAAUCUUGGUUUAAAGGCUAUUGAUUUUGAAGUGCUCAAUUUCUUUUUUUUCAUUGUACAAAUGAAUAUAUGCAUCAUUUUAAGAUACAAAUGUUGAAGUUUGAGAAGGUGUUCGAUUUUGUAAUGCAUUUUCUUUGUAUGUUAUCAACACCUAACACAUUAUGAAGACAUAGCAUACACUAGCUAGCCAAGCACAAUUUAAGUACUUAAAUUGCACUGGAAUCAUUUAAUAAUUGUCAGCUAGAGAUUGUUUCUCUUCCCACUAUAUAACUGGAUUCCUUGUGUACUUUUUGUAUGAAUGCUCACAAGCUUACUAGUUGAAUCCAGUCCUGGUUGGAUGUCAGUCAACUACAGUACCCAAUAAUUAUUUUCUAGGAAUUUAAUAUCCAAAUCUGAGGAAGCACAUUACGGACACAUGAACACUUGCAUACAAAUUGACCAGAUACAAAAUCUCUGUACAACAAGCCUUAUAUAAUUAAAUUAUUUGCAAUGUUUGCUCUUUCAAAUGUGUAUUGCUGUGAAAUAGAUAAGAUGUUUCAUUGUAUUUUAACUCAAGGUUUUAGGAACAUUAUCCCCCUGAAUGCAGACCCAAAACCUACAAAUAAAAAAGCAACAUUCAAAUCAA